AGCUUGACUUAGGCGGCAAAUCCUGCACAACCGGAUAUCGAUCGUGUAAUUUUUCUUUCACAACUUUUGGUUGUGCAGUAGAUCGAUAAGUGCCCGUGUACAUGUACAAACAAAUGUAUAUGAUUUUAUAAUGAUUAACGAAUCAGUUAUGUGUUGUUAUUUAAUGAUUUUAUUAAGGUAUAAACUAUAUCUAGAACCCACAAAGUAAUCUCAAAAGCCAUAAACUAUGGAACCUACUGGGGCCCUAUCGACCCGGAAGUUAAAUAUCAAAUCGAAAGUACUUUCCAGCCAGGUGAAUAUCGAUUGGUCGUGUUAUCAUGAUCGUCCUGAAUUUCUUCAUACAGGUUAUAUACAUACAGGUUAUGUACGGGAAACCAACGUUUACUAAAAGUUUCAGCUUCUGAUGAUGGCCGAGCCCAAGUCCCAGGCACAGGAGGUCAUUACCUGUGACCUUUGUGUCAAGCCUACCCAGCAGUUCUGUAACACCUGUCAAGCUAAUUUGUGUGUGGACUGUGCUAGUAAACACGUGGAAAGGCUCAAAUACCAACCACAUGACAUCGUUCAUUUCAAAUACAGAAAUGUAAAACUUGUUUUUCCACAGUGUGAAUUACACCCUAAUCAGAGAUGCGAGGUUCACUGCCGGAAAUGUGAUGUUCCAGUUUGCCUGAAAUGUAUGCUUGGUCCCCACAAUGGACACAAAAUCAAUGAUAUGCUGGAAAGUUUUAAUGACAAGAAAAAGGAACUUGAAAAGGAAACCAAAGAAAUUGAAUUCACCCUUAUUCCACAAUACAGAAAGGAAAGUGAAGAAACCGAAAAGAAACCAUACAUUACAAGAGCCAGAUUUGAUGAAUUGGAAAAAGAAAAAGAAAGGCAUAGAGAAUCCAUGCUCCAAGAAGUAGACACCAUUUUCAAUACAAUUGGGUCUUUGAACAAGUCCAUGAAAGAGAACCACCUGGCCGCCUUAAAAUCCCACCAAUCCGAAAUAAAAAAUCGAAUUCCAGACAUGACCCAAACAGUUCAACAAAACAAAGAAAUUCUGAAGUCAAACAAUGUGUCUGCAAUCAUUAACUUUAAAUCUAAACUUGGGGAAUACAGGAACAUGCCUACUGAUAUUGAUGUCAAUCUGCCAUCUCUCAAAACCAACACAGUCCAAAGAAGAGAUCUCAGCCUAGAGUUUGAAGAGUACAGAGGUAGCCUGAAACAGACAUUACAAACAUUAAUGUCUAGUCUGAUGGAGACGAAUUUCUAUUUAUCUUUGCAAAAGCUGUUAAACCAAGCCAAAUAUAUUACAACCAUUCCUACUGGAAUUAAACCUAUAUACAAUGUUGCCUGUGUGGGAGUGGAUGAAGCCUGGGUUAGUGGUGAAGAUAAAACCAUAAGACGUAUUGACAUACAUGGGUCUCUACGGAACACUGUCAUCACCACAUGUGAAGACUGUCCUAAUGACAUCACAGUGACCAGACAGGGAGAACUGGUAUACAGUGAUGGUCCUAAUAGAACUGUGAACAUUAUCAGACACGGGAGAACAGAGACACUGAUAACCACACCACUGGGCUGGAAACCAGACGGACUAUGCUGUACUAAGUCAGGGGACAUCCUGGUCAGUAUGUUUACUACUGAUUAUAGCCAAAUUAAAAUUGUCCGUUAUCAGGGACACACGGUGAAACAGGAAAUAGAUAGAGAUGAAGAUGGAGAACCAAUCUAUAAAGGAGGAGAUUACUCACUUCGUGUGGUGGAGAACAACAAUGGAGACAUCUGCGCCUCUGAUAUUAAUGCUGACACCGUGGUCGUGGUGAACAAGUCAGGAAGAGUCCGAUUCCGAUACGACGGUACACCAGCCAGGAGGAAGAAGUCAUUUAAUCCUGGACAUAUAGUUGCAGACUACAUGAGUCAUAUCAUUGUGGCAGAUGUCCAUAAUGACUCGAUACACAUCCUGGAUCAGAACGGACAGUUCCUGAAAUGUGUGGACAAAUGUGGACUAGAUGAACCUGAUGGAAUGAGUGCCGACAGUGAUGGGAGGUUGUGGGUAGGGUUAUAUGAUGCAGGAGAAGUGAAAGUGAUUCAGUACAUGAAAUAAACACAUGAUAUCACAUACAGACAUCAGAUAAUGACAGAGUUCACACAGUGCUCUUGAUACAUACAUGUUGUAGUGAUAUUUACGCGACCAUCAUUUUUUACCAAAUGUAUUCAUCCUUUUUUUUUCAUUAUCAGAUAUAAAGACCCCCUCUUUCGUCAGGCUUUUAUUGUUUGGUCUGUGAUUUUGUGUGGGUUUUUUUGUAGAGCAUUCAUCCGAAUAGUGAUUAAGCUUUUGUCUUUUAUAUGACGUUGUUUAGAAACCGGGUAUCUUUAUAUGCAGAAUUUUAUGUUUGUAUUUUUGGUAUAUUAUAAAGCGUUUUAGAGUACUAUUUAAAUAAGGCGCUAUAUAGAUGUAUUUCAUCAUUUAUGUUUUAUUAUGUUUUUAGAUUAGAAAAUAUUGGUCUUUC